AUGUGGAAAACUCAUGUUUUCCGAGGAGCCCUGGGUCCGAUGCUUCAACAGAUCGACCCUAAAUAUGACAUCCCCAAUGGAGAGCCUGCUGUUGUAGAAGUCUCCAGCGGGGAGGAGCCCCCAUGUCAGAAAGGUUCGUCUGUGGAGACGCCGGAGGGCGUGGACGUACCCAUCAGGGCCCUGAUCACCCUUUGCAAUCCUGGUGUGACAGACUCGGGGAGCCCUUCUGCAUCGGCUGCUGCCUCAACUGCUCCGCUAGGUCUGCAGGUCAUUGACUCCUGUCUGGAAGGGCCCUUCCCCGCCUUGGCUAUUGCUGAUUCCCCUGUACGAGAGCGAGAGGCAGCAGCCGGCCAGCAGCUAGCCCAGGAUCGAGCGAUCGAUUCGAUGGCCGCGGUGGCGCCGGAAGACGACGGCGGGGCGCCCGUGGCGGUGCGGGAGUUCGACGCCCACAGCGAGCGCGACCGCGCCGCCGUGGAGCGGCUAGAGCGCGCCUGCGAGGUGGGGCCCAGCGGCGGCAAGCUCUGCCUCUUCACCGACCUCCUCGGCGACCCGCUCUGCCGCGUCCGCCACUCCCCGGCCUACCUCAUGCUCGUCGCGGAGGCUGCGGGCGGGUCCCUUGGUGGCGCGGAGGUCGUCGGCAUCGUGCGCGGCUGCGUCAAGACCGUGGCGUGCGGCCGCGGCAGCAACAUCUUCUCCAAGGUCGCCUACCUCCUUGGCCUCCGCGUGUCCCCGGGCCACCGGCGGCGUGGCAUCGGCCGCCGCCUGGUCGAGCGCAUGGAGGAGUGGUUCCGGCAGAUGGGCGCCGAGUACGCCUAUGUCGCCACCGACCGCGACAACGAGCCGUCGCUGCGCCUCUUCACCGCGCGCUGCGGCUACGCCAAGUUCCGCACCCCCUCCGUGCUCGUGCACCCCGUCUCCCGCCACGACCUCGCGCCGUCGCGCUCGCGCCGGAUCGCCGUCGUCGAGCUCGCGCCGCGCGACGCCGAGCGCCUCUACCGCGAGCGCCUCGGCGACGUCGAGUUCUUCCCGCGCGACAUCGACGCCGUGCUGUCCAACGCCCUCUCGCUCGGCACGUUCCUGGCCGUGCCCGACGGGGCGGCGCGGCCGUGGCGCGGCGUGGACGCGUUCCUGGCCGCGCCGUCGGAGUCGUGGGCGGUGGCCAGCGUGUGGAACUGCAAGGACGCGUUCCGCCUCGAGGUGCGCGGCGCCCCGAGGCUGUGGCGCGCCGCGGCGCGCGCCACCCGCGCCGCCGACCGCGCGCUCUCGCCGUGGCUCCGCGUCCCGUCCGUGCCCAACCUCUUCGAGCCGUUCGGGAUGCACUUCCUCUACGGCCUCGGCGGCGCCGGCCCGGCCGCGCCGCGGAUGGCGCGCGCCGCCGGGGCGCGCGUCGUGGCCACCGAGGUCGGCGCGUGCGACCCGCUCCGCGCCGGCGUGCCGCACUGGCCGAGGCUCCGCGCUGAGGACCUCUGGUGCAUCAAGCGGCUCGCCGACGGGUACGGCGACGGCGCGCUCGGCGACUGGACCAAGGCGCCGCCAGGCGCCUCCAUCUUCGUCGACCCGAGGGAGUUCUAGGCGGUGCAACUUAUUAGCAUAAUCAGUUUUGAGUUGUGUCUACCGUGGAUCUCGCAUCCGACGGCAAGCGGCUUGGCUUUUGAAGGACCUGUCCAUA